AUGACCCAGCUCUGCUUACCCAGGCCCAAAGCCCUUGCUUAUCCUAUCCCAGUCCCUCCCAGAGGCCUGCGUACUGGGGAGGGGUCCCGUAGUCCAGCGGAUCCAUGUAUGUCCCCCUGGCCUAGCACAGCCCAGCUCUGGGACAGCGUCUUAGGGUGGGGGGCACUGGGGCUGAUGAUUUGUGCAGUCUCUUCCCCAGCUGGCCCAGCCUUGCUGCUGCUGCUGCUCCUGGUCAGCUUCCUGGCCUUUGACCUGCUCCACUGGCCAGCAAGAGGUCCACUUCCCGAACCCACACUUCUCCCGGGAGGCCAGAGCCAGGGGGCCGGCGAGGGUCCAGGACAGCAGACGGCUGUACUCCCACCUCCGGGGGCAGUCACAGGACAACUCAGCCCUCAAGAGGCUCUGCUCCUGCUUCUCCCGGGCCUGGGGCUGCUCCUGGGAGUCCGUGGCAUGCCCUGGGCCCUGCUUGGCCUGGCUUUCUGCCUCCAUCCUUGGGCCUGA